AUGGCAUACCACAGAUCUUUUAUCACCCUCCUGAAAUGGCAUCUGUACGCAAGUUGCUUGAGCAGCAUCGUCCCAGUCUUCGGGAGCCCUCACGUGAGCCCACGGGAUUUUGUGGGGAGGGGUGUCAACACGACUCAUGCGUCAAACACCUUUGACUAUGUGGUUGUUGGAGGCGGCACCGCUGGCCUCGUCGUUGCAAACCGUCUUUCUGCAAACCCUUCGGUGCGAGUAGCGGUUAUCGAAGCGGGUACCUUCUACGAGAUCGCGACAGGGAAUGCAAGUCAGAUUCCUAUAGACGACACACUCUACAAUGGCAAAAAUCCAAGUGAUACUGGCCCUAUAGAUUGGGACUUCACAACGACCCCUCAGGCAGGUAUGAACAACCAAGUCGUGCAUUUUGCACGUGGAAAGACACUUGGCGGCUGCAGUGCUCUGAAUUACAUGGCUUACGCGCGAACCACGGUAGGCGCAUUCGAGAAAUGGGCAGACGAUGUUGGCGACACCUCGUGGACCUAUGAGAAUGUUUCCGACUUCUACUACAAAAGCACAAAUUUUACGCCGCCGGACGAAAGCAAAAGGAUCGCAAACUCGACUCCAGAGUAUGACACUUCUACCCUUGGGACUGGGGGUCCACUUAAAGUUACCUUUGCAAACUAUGCCCAAGGCUGGAGUACAUGGAUCGCCAAAGCCAUGCCGCAAGUCGGCAUUCCGUCGAUCAAUGGAUUUACCAGCGGCAAACUCAUGGGCUCAUCCUGGCUCGUGUCCACAAUCAAUCACACGACAGGAGAUAGGGAUUCUUCCGAAACGGCCUUUUUACGACCUUUUCUAGGUCGGACGAAUUUGGUCGUGUACACCGACACUCUUGCCGAGAGGAUCUUGUUCGAUGGCCAAACGGCAAAGGGCGUUCAAGUCUCAAGUGGAAACAACUCGUACACCAUUUCCGCGACAAAAGAGGUCAUACUGUCCGCUGGCACAUUUCAGUCUCCGCAGCUCUUGCAAGUGUCCGGAGUUGGGCCUGCAGAUCUGCUCAAAGAACACGGCAUUGACAUUGUUGCUGACCGCCCAGGAGUUGGCCAGGGCAUGAACGACCACAUCUCCUUCGGCAUUUCUUACCGCGUCAACGUCCAGACAGACUCAGCUCUCCUGUAUGGCCACGCAAUGCAAGAGGCAAUUGAGGAGUUUGACAACGAACAGAAUGGACUUUUGUCAAGUCCAGGUGGGGACUUUGGGGGCUAUGAAAAAUUGCCACUCGAUAUACGUUCCAACUUUUCCAAGCAAGCUCUUCAACAACUUUCUACAUUCCCGGCAGAUUGGCCCGAGAUAGAAUGGUUCACACUCCCGGCUUACGCAGGGAACGCCCAGGCUCCAGGCGCAGCGACUCCGCAAGAUGGGUUUCAAUAUGCAACACUAUUAGCAAUCGGCGUUGCGCCAUUGUCGCGUGGAAACAUCUCGAUAUCCUCACCCAGCAUGCACGACCAACCUCUGAUUAACCCGAAUUGGCUGACCGCGGAUACUGAUAUCGAGACCGCUAUUGGUGGGUUCAAGCGUACCCGACAGAUUCUGGCGGCGCCCGUCAUGAAGGGCGUCCUUAUUGGCCCGGAAUAUGUCCCGGGUCCAAAUGUUACGACCGAUGAUCAGAUUCUUCAGUACAUCAGAUCGGUUUUCAACACUCUCUACCAUCCUAGUUCGACUUGCAAGAUGGGUAAGCGGGAUGAUAAGCUGGCUGUAGUCGAUUCGAGGGCCCGCGUGUAUGGAACCAAAAACCUGCGAGUGGUCGAUGCUUCUGCUUUUCCGUUCCUUCCUCCAGGACUCCCACAGGCUGCAGUUUACAUGCUCGCGGAAAAGAUCUCGGCCUACAUCAUCAACGGCGAUUAA